AUUUAUAGUAUACUCAAGUCGGAAGUGUGCAAUAUGUGUAGGCUUUAUUCAUUUAUAUAAACUUAUGUAGCUAAAGUACUAUAAAGCUACUGGAGACAUUGAAAUCGGUGGCAUCAUAAGCAGCUGUACUGACCAAACGUAUUGAUGCCUUUAACAAGCAGCUUAAAGAAACCGUCACCUGCGUUUCUUACAUCUGUAGAUAUCUUUGUUGAUACUUUUCAAGAAAAUUUAGUCUAUCAACGAGAAAUCUGCCCAGCGGAACUUGAGGCAGACACUAUAUUAACUUACCUGGCGAUACCUUCUAUUGUCAUUAUAUUAAUAUCAAGUUUUUGUCAACGAAGGAAAAUCUUAAGACUGGAUCUUUGUGGCGGGCGAAUGGGCCUUGUUUACCCAAUCAACAUAUUUACCAGGGACUCCCGCUUGGAAUACUGUUGCUCUUUUGGUCUUGCAGCAUGCUCAGCGUACGAGAGGGUCAUACUCUUCACAUUUUUAAAAGAAAAUCUUUGGACUCUAACCAUCGUGCUGGAAUGGUCCGUCAGUUUUCUCAUCUACGCAACACUUUUCUUCAACAUUGCCUCAGCCUUUUCCAUCAAGACGGCGCUGUCUUAUUUCUUUAGCUCUUUAUUUGUCUGGAUCAUAAUGGUAGUAAGAUUCAAUGAACUUGCCAGUUGCCAAGAAAACGACAACUUUGUAGUGAUGGUGAUCAAGUUCACCCCCACCAUUCUUUGUUUGUCCUACCUGGCGGUCAAAACGCCUUAUCUGUUGUUGAAAGCAAUUCAGAGCAAGGAGUACGUCGAGCGCAAGCAGGUUCAGGAAUUCCAAACGGUGGAACAGAUAAGGGAAUCUUUUCAAGGGAAGCACGUCAGGAAACUGCUGAAACAUCCAGUCCAACAAAUAGUUGACACCACUGUCGCUACAAAAGAAAAUUUCAUCGAUAAACUUCACAAAAUUUACAGGGAAGAAAAAGGCUUUAAGUACCCUACCAUGCUUGUUACAAUACUUUUUGUUGCGGCAAUGAUCAUCUACAUGAUGACCAUUGAUUUCAUGGUGUUGAUUAUUCCUCACCUGAACAACAUCCUAAGUAAAAGUCUGGAGGCUCUGGAGAGAAUCGGCUACGUCGCAGUUGAUGGGGAACUACCAAGUGUGACAAAUACAAGGGAAAGCCUUCACCUAGUCUUCAACAUGACGCAAUGUGUUUUGUAUUCUCUCAUGGCGGCUCUACCAUUGUCCUGUUUUACUCUCAUAGUGUCAAGUUUACAUUCGUUGAUAUCAUUUAGAACCAAUUUGCUGGCUGUGUAUCGAGGAAAUUUCGUCAACAUUCCUGAAUCCGGCCGGCAAACUGGUUUAAGUCUUUGUAUCGGAAGUUUGAAAUUUUCAGGCUACCAGGUCGCUUAUAUUGUGAUGGGUCACGUCUGGACAUGUUUUUUUCUCUUUCUGUUAUUUCUAUUCAUCACUGUGUUUAUCAUCAUAGUUAUUGGAAUCAACUCGCGGUGGUACUUGUGGGUCUACACAUUAUGCGCUAUGAUGUCCAUGACCUUCAUUCUACACAUUCUACAAACAUUACUAGUCAAGACCUUCUACCUGCUAGGAAAUACUCGCUAUCUGAGGCUAGACAACAGGAGGUUCUUCUUCAUCACUAUCUACUAUCUGUUCCUGUUCAACAUCCUUAGCGGCUUCGUCUCCUGCAUGAUCAGGAUCAUAAAAUCCUGUGUGGUCAGUUUUGUUGCCGUGUCCAAAAUGGACAUCUGCAUGUUGCCCAGGAUGAUUGACCUCUAUGAUCCAGGGUUCGCCAUUUAUCACGGCUUCAUCCACCUCGAGGCCUCCCAUAACAACCCGGUCCUGCAGGUUUUCAUUGGCCUCCUCAUCGCUAUGAGCAAGAAUAAAAAAGUGAACACUCCGAUUGAGGACAUCGGCUCUCCAUACCUAACACCUUUUCAACAGAAUAAAAGUAAAACAUUUUCAAAUAUGUCCAAUGUAGGCACCACACGUGAAUUUUCCGCGGCAAGAUUUACAUGGCUGGUGGCGUAUACUUUAAUACAUAACCCGACGAUCCGCAUCUAUAGAAGAGGCUUCAUUCAGCUUCUAAACGCUGCCAUCAGAGAUGGACUCAAAGUGCCUUUGAGCGACAGGCCUAUCUACUUCAUUCUUACCCAGAUACAAUGUGCACAGAAGAACAAGAAGAAGUCCAUGAUUACCAAGCAGAAAUUGAUGGGCUUAAGGAAGAACACAAAUAGGAAAAAAUCUCACGCCAGGAAAUCGACCUUCCACAGUAACUCGGAGCACGAGACGGCAACUGACUUAACAAACCUGACGAGCACCGAGGCAUCAUCGAGCAAAUAGAUUUCCCCCCGCCUUGGGCGUGUUAACACGGGUUGACACAUAUCCGAAGCCAGCAGCGAGGUGAUCCAGUUAGAGGCUGAAAGGUGGGAGAGCUUGUGUCAAAUAUGACCACAUCCCCUUCUCCUACACCACAGUCUACUGAACCAGUGGGGAACCAUACAUGCCUUUCUUCAUUCCUCUCUCCCUCUUUCACCCUGGAUAUUAUCUCCUUCGAUGGCAGGCCCGUCCAUUCUAUUAUGUUGCCUUCCGAUAGCUUUCUUUAUCUGCCUCUUCUUCUUGUUCCUGGUACUGUUCCCUAAAGAUCUUUGUGAGCCCUGAGGACCUCGUGAUUUGGCCAUAGGGGUUCAGUUUGCGUUCUCUUAAAUGUGAUCCUAAGCUGCUCACAAGAACUUUGAUCCCACAAAAAAUCGAGGUUAGAAAAGAGCUUUUUUUUUUAACGGAGGACCUAGUGUAAUAUGCGCACUGGGUAAAACCUCAAACAUAUCAUCAUUAUUCUUUUCUUGAAUUUGGCACAAAUGGAACGCAUAGGUCAGGGCUAGUGAUCAAGCUGUUUCUACUAUGAACAAUAGUCCGAAUAUGACGUACGAAAAAAAAGCUACAAAAAAGGGACCUAACUCUUCCUUAUUCGAGCUUCUAAAACACCCCCUGCCCCUUCCCACAUUAUGUUCAUUCCGCUAAGAUCAUUCCUGCUAUGUUCAUAUUCAAAAUGUUCAUUCCGCAGAGUGUUGAUCUCUGAUAUGUUCAUCCCGCAGUGUUGAUCUCCGAUAUGUUCCUCCCGCAAUGUUGAUCUCCGAUAUGUUCAUCAACGCAAUGUUGAUCUCCGAACCUAAUACAUACAUUUAUAUUUCACUAUGAUGACGUGUAAAUCUUAAGAAUUCUUAUUUUUUUUUAAACCGCUAUUUUUUUUUUAUUUAAAUGUUGAUGUUAAGGUAGUUAAAGAAACGUGUCUGCAAAGAAUGAAAAUAUUCUUGAUACAUGAUUUGGUGCUAACUUGAUCAAAUAUCUUUACCUACAAACCAGACGUAGGAAUGACGCAAAUCAUAUAGUUAUCUGAUAUAUUUUACAAUUUUAAAAUGUCUUGGUAUAAUAUUGGGGGGAAAAAAGAUAUUAAAAUACAAUAAAAACAA